CUCCUCUUUUGCUUUUCGCGUCUAGGUUUUUCCCUGUCCACAACAGUACCUUCCAAGCCCUAACCCAGUGUUGACAAAGUUAGUUCAUUAGGCAUGGAUCAAUUAUCUUCGUCUUCCGUUUCCAGUCUGAAAGUAGAACAUGACAAAAAGAAAAGGCAGUUCUACAUUAUGCUUAAUGCUAAUGCCGACAUACAGUUGAAUCGUCAGGCUCAUGCUGAAUGUCUAGAGAGACUGAGGAAAGCGAGUGGGUCACAUGAUCGUGCUGUACUGUUAUAUGAGUAUGUUGGAAAGAGAACCAUAGACCUUCAACACACAGAAGUACCAGAUGCAUACCGAGGGCUUGGAAUUGCCAAACUGAUGGCUAAGGCUGCCAUGGACUUUGCAGUUGAAGAGGACUUGAAAGUGCACAUCACCUGCUGGUACAUUCAGAAGUUUGUGAAGGAUAAUCCCCUACCAUCAUACACAGAACGUGUACUAAACUGAAGAAGAGCCUGUCCUGACUGGACUCAGCACACACAUCACCUAGUCUGUUGCCCUUUCCCAGCAGUGGAAGUCAGGUCGGGGGAGGUUGAGGAAGUACCAGCAAUUGUCCUGCACCGCUGAAGGCCAAGGAAGCCUUAUGUGGUUCCCAUAAAUUCAGAGAGACAGUUUUUCCACUCCUACAACAUCACUGCUGCAUAUAUCUGUCGUCGAACUCUGGGUUCACCAGUGCUUCUCUGAUAUAGGUGCUACUUGCUGUAAUGUGGGGGAGGGUGGGAAAGAUGAAGAGAAUAUGGGUGAUCACAAGGUAGUCUGUUUUUGUGAUGUUUUUUUCAGAAAAGGAGACAUAUAGCUACAGCUGCUUUGUCUUUGUGUGGCAAAAUACAGUACGCGUUCCCUAGCAGAUUGGAGACUGCCCUGUUACAGAGGGACAAGGGGUCACUGACCUCCUAAAUGAAAACUAUGUCAAGAGCAAAAGAAACAGUGGAGUUCUUGGGUUAUUAAGCCAUUAUGUUAAGUCUGUUGCAUAUUGUGCUCUGUUUGACUAGAAGUCAGGCACUCUAGAUAGUAGGAACAGCUUUCGUAUUCUUUUUCUUUACUUUCCAUUUGGAGCACAUCAGGGAGUCAUGUGCAGCACAGCACAACCGCUGUGAAAAAUGAAGCCUUUGAUAUGAAUAGAAUAUUCAGCUUGUAGAUGAGUUUGGUAUUAUGAUGAUUCUGUUGUAAACAUCAUAUAAUAAAGUGCCUCACCAGUUAAA